AAGUAAGUCGAUGGGUAUUGAGCUAAAUAGGGUAAAGUGCUAAUGUGUGGAGUGCAAUUUCUCAAAAUAAAAUCAGUUUCUACUUUCUAGUUUCCAUAAGGAAAAUAAAAAUCGAUGGAACCGUCUCUUGAGCAUGUGAUGCUCGUAUCUUUCCCAGGCCAAGGGCACAUAAACCCUCUACUUCGUCUCGGAAAGCUCAUAGCUUCGAAAGGCCUACUUGUCACCUUUGUCACCACAGAGCAGCCAUGGGGAGAGAAGAUGCGUCAAGCCAACAAGAUUCAAGACGGCGUGCUCAAACCGGUCGGUUUAGGUUUCCUCCGGUUCGAGUUCUUCAACGAUGGGUUAGCCGACGAUGACGAAAAAAGAACCAACUUCCAAGCCUUCCGACCACACCUUGAACUUGUCGGAAAACGGGAGAUCAAGAACCUCAUCAGGAGAUACGAGCAAGAGGAAAAGCAACCUGUGAGGUGUCUUAUAAACAACGCUUUUGUGCCGUGGGUGUGUGACGUGGCUGAUGAGCUUCAUAUCCCUUCGGCUGUUCUAUGGGUCCAGUCUUGCGCUUGUCUCACCGCUUAUUAUUAUUACCACCACCGGCUAGUUAAGUUCCCGACCAAAACUGAGCCGGAGAUUAACGUUGAAAUCCCAAGCUUACCUUUGUUGAAGCAUGGCGAGAUCCCAAGCUUCCUUCACCCUUCAUCUCCCUUUGCAGCUUAUGGAGAAGUCAUUUUAGACCAGCUCAAGCGACUUGUAAGCCACAAGCCUCUCUUUGUUUUCAUAGACACUUUUCAAGAACUCGAAAAAGAGAUCGUCGACCACAUGUCUAACCUCUGUCCUCAAGUCAAGUUUAGCCCUCUCGGUCCUCUCUUCAAGAUGGCUCAAACUAUAAGCUCUGACGUUAAGGGAGACAUCUCCGCGCCAGCGAGUGACUGCAUGGAGUGGCUCGACUCGAGAGAACCAUCCUCAGUCGUUUAUAUCUCCUUUGGCACUAUAGUCCACUUGAAGCAAGAGCAGUUCGAGGAGAUCGCUCAUGGUGUUUUGAGCUCUGGUUUGUCCUUCUUAUGGGUGGUCCGGCCUCCUAUGGAAGGUUCAAGUGUGAAACCAUAUGUAUUGCCUCGUGAGCUUGAAGAGAAAGGGAAAAUCGUUGAAUGGUGUUCACAAGAGAGAGUGUUGGCUCAUCCUGCGGUUGCUUGCUUCUUAAGUCACUGCGGAUGGAACUCGACAAUGGAGGCUUUGUCUUCGGGAGUUCCCAUGGUCUGUUUUCCGAUGUGGGGAGAUCAGGUGACUGAUGCUGUGUACUUGGUUGAUGUUUUCAAGACAGGAGUGAGACUUGGCCGCGGAGCGGCUGAGGAGAAGAUUGUUCCGAGGGAGGUUGUGUCGGAGAAGUUGCUUGAGGCCACCGUUGGGAAAAAGGCGGUGGAGAUUAGAGAAAGCGCACGGAGGUGGAAGGAAGAAGCGGAGGCAGCCGUGGCGUUCGGUGGAUCAUCGGAUAGGAAGUUUCAAGAGUUUGUGGACGAGUUGAUUACGAAAUCUGUUGCGAGAAAAGACAACGGAGAAUACUCAUGAUGAUGUCACGUAAUAGUCCAAAUUGUUGAUGUAACUCCGAAACCUAGACACCACUACGUGUUUUGAAACCUGUACCGAACCAGCAGUCGAACCGAUAAAUCUGGUGACACGGCAUGUAAUCAGGUUUGGGUUUAAGGAAAAAUCCAUGAUAUAAAACUCGUUAAAAUCCACAAAAAAAACUGUUAAAACCGGAAUCUGGCUACCGAUUGAACUACUGGUUGAACCAAUACGUAAUUUUUAAUUAUUUUUUCUUGGAUUUUUUUGUUACAUUAUUAGAAUAUGUUUCCUAUUCUAAUUAAGAAGUUUUUUUUGUUCAAACUAAUUAAGAAGUUAAGUUUUUAGUUUCUUUCAAAAAUAAAAGAUUGUAUGAUCAUGUGGAUUAAGAAUCUAUUAACAAAACUAGUUGAUGUAAUUUGGCAUUAGCUUAUUUUUGUUAUCAAUAAUUUAUUACAAUUUAUAUUUUACUUUUGGUUUAUUUUAGAUUUAAAAUUUAAUUUAAUUAUUCACACUAGACAUUUAAAUACUUAAAAAUUUUAAGUCUUGAUAUAUUUUUUAUUAUUUGUCAUAACACUUAACUUGUUACAAAAUUAUUAAAAAGUCUAUGUUUUAUAUAUUUUGUUUGUGAAAUGAAAAUAAAAACAAAAUUAAAUAAUUUUCCAAAUGGUUUUUAACACAUAAAACAUUUUUUAUAUUUUUCAAUAGCUAAUAUAUUAUUAUAUAACAAAAUUAUUUAAUUUACUAACUUGCAGUUCGCCUGUGGUCAACCGAAUAAUCUGGUGAUUUUGUAAGUUGUCCGGGUCGAAUUUCAAAACAUUGAUAAAAUGAUCGGAUAAAUGUGAGAAUAUCAUCAACUGUGUAUAGUGAUGGCUCUCAGAAACGGUAAAAUAUUGUUUUUUGAAAAAUAACUAAACCGCUAGAAGAUUAACACAUGAAAACAAAUAUCUCGUGAAGAGAUUUAAAAAAAUAUAUUAUUUCAUCUUUUUUUUUUUACUUUUUUAAAAAAAUUUCAAUUGUGAGAGUCUCAUGAAAAGUUUCCGUUGCGAUGCUUUUAUGUAACGUUUGGUUAAGAACAUGUUUAUUGUAUGUCUCUUAAGUUAAGUCUCUUCGCGUAAUAUAAGAUACAUUCUCUUACCUUUUAACUAAAAAAGCUAAGAGACGUCAGUUAAGAGACCGUAUCUUAUAUUACGUUAAUAGACCCAACCUAAGAGACCUCCAAUAAACAUGCUCUAAGCUUUUCUUUUACAGUUUAAAAGCACUUCCAACUAGAGCACUUCUAACUGUGC